AGCGUUCACUCUCUCUGCUGUCUCCGCUACUGCUGUCUUCUGUUCUUGCUCAACUCCGCCCACCCCUCUCCAUAUCUACCACCUCUCUCUCCAUAUCCGCCCACGUACACCGCAGCGAUGGCCUUCUACUCCUCUGGUCCCAACGAGGCGCUCGUCGUCUCAGGCCUGUGCCUGUCACGACCACGGCUGAUUCCUGGUGGCCGCGUCUUUGUGUGGCCUUUUAUUCAGAAGAUCCAGCGCAUCAGCCUCAACCUGAUGACUCUGACCGUUGAGUCGCCCAAGAUUUACACCGCAAUGGGCGUGCCCAUCAGCGUCCAGGGCAUGGCUCAGGUGAAAAUCGAAAGCACGAAGGAAGAGAUGUUGGCGCAUGCGUGCCAGCAGUUCCUCGGCAAAACAGAGCAGCAGGUCAAAUCCGUCAUCAUGGAGACCCUCGAAGGCCACCAGCGCGCCAUCAUGGGCACGAUGACUGUUGAGGAAAUCUACCAGGACCGCCAGAAAUUCUCCACGGCGGUGUUUGAGGUGGCGUCGCGCGACCUCAUCAACAUGGGUGUCACCAUCGUCUCAUACACCCUCCAGUCCAUCAGCGACGAAGUCGGGUACCUGUCUGCGCUGGGUAAGGCCCAGACGGCGCAGGUGCAGCGCGAUGCGCGCAUUGGUCAGGCCGAGGCCCGCAGAGACGCUGGCAUCAGCGAGGCGCUUGCGAUGCAGGCGAAGGAGGCCGCCCGCUACAAGAACCAGACGGCCAUCGCAGAGUCUGAGCGCGACUACAACCUGAAGCAGGCCGAGUACGACAUCCAGGUCAAGACACAGCAGGCCACCGCCAACCUCGCAAAGGACCUCCAGGCUGCGAAAGUGCACCAGAAGAUUCGCCACGAGGAAGUCGGGGUGAAGAUCAUCGAGCGCCAGAAGCAGAUCAACCUGAUGGAGCAAGAGAUUGUGCGUCGUGAGCGGGAGCUCGAGGCGCAGGUGCGCAAACCGGCAAUUGCAGAGAAGUAUCGGCAGGAGACGCUGGCUGAGGCCGAGAAGAACAGGAUGAUCCUCGAGGCAGAGGCAAAGGCCGAGGCCAUUCGCGCGCGCGGCGAGGCGAAUGCGUACUCGAUCCAGGCGAAAGCGCAGGCCGAGGCCGAGGCGAUGCAGAAGCAGGCCGAGGCGUUUGAGAAGUACGGAUCCGCCGCCAUGCUCGAUAUGGUCCUCAAGACGAUGCCACGCGUCGCCGCAGAGAUUGCUGCGCCGCUUGCCUCUGUGGACAAGAUCACGAUGGUUGCUGGUCCCGACGGCGAGAUUGGUGCCUCCAAGAUCACGGGCGAGGUCCUCAACAUCAUGAACAAGCUCCCAGACACGAUCAAGGGCAUGACCGGCCUCGACAUGGGAGACAUCAUCAAGGUGUCCCAGGUCUGAGCUGCUCCCACGCUCCGCCCACCCCCCCCCCAGCCUUUCCAGCCAUUCCUUCAUCCAUAUCAUGUCACCCUGCUUUGUGUUCUGGUUCCGUUGCUUGCAUGCCUGACACCCUCCCCCCAACACACACACACGCACACACACACACACACGCACAUACACGCAUUUUGUUUUGUCCACAAUGCAGCUGUUGUGCUGCUGUACGCUUUCUUCUCUGUGCUGAAGCAUCCCCAGCUUGCUUGCAUGUAAGCUUGGCAGCUUUUUGCCGCCUGUCAUUUUGUUGUUGUUGUGUUGCCUGAGCAUAAAACGCUUUUCGCCGCGGAAA